AUGAAACUCUCACUUGGUACACCAUCCCACCUCUACUGGGCCACUCUCGUCACUGUUAGCGACCUCAUAUGGAUGAUGUGCUGUCCUUGUGACUCCCGCUCCGGCCAAACAACAAUGUUUGAUCCACUUCAGUCAUCCACCUACAAGAGCCAGACCUGCUCUGCAAGCUCUUGCAUGGAACUGCCCAUUCAUGGUUGCACUAUCAACCAACUUUGUGGAUUCAUAUAUUCCUAUGAAGACAAAUCCUUCAUAGAAGUGAUACUGGCCUCGGAAACGCUCUUGUUUGACAAUGGUGCUGGCACCGUCAAGCUUCCAGAAAUUGUCUCUGGUUGUGUUCAUCAGGAUGGCCCUCCUAAUCCCUCCUUGCUUGAAGUUCCUGACCUUGUUGGCCUCGGAGGUGGUCCUCUCUCACUUGUAAAUCAGAUUGGCUCUUCUAUUGAUGAUAAAUUUGCCUACUGUCUUCCUCCCAAUAGCAAUGAAAUCACGUCAGACAGCUCAAAUCCAGUAAGGACGCAGAGUUUCAGGCCAGGAAGGGUUCAAGAAAUGCCGAUGGCACCAGGUGGUCCUCAAGGCACCUUUGGACGCUGCUUAAUUGUGUUUUAUGUCAAUGGAAGAUCUGAGCGUCAUGUAGUCGAUGUUGUUAGUUUUCCAUGUACAAUAAAUGUAAUCGUGACAGCUAAAACUCCACCACUACAAGUCCCGUUGCCUACACUAUUACGGAUGAAAUGGCCAUGGUGUGUUGGUUGA